AUGCCAAACACAGAUCAUUACGUUCUCAAACGCAGUGGUUGGCUCUUACUACUCUUCUUCACCCAUUUCUCAGCAACUUGUCUCCGCGCCGGCCUCGAAAACACCUUUCUCGUCGCCGAUUUCGAGAAUUAUCCUCCCUCAUCUAAGACGCGCGAUCAUGAGCUCUAUUGUUAUUGUUGUCGAAGGCAGAGUCAGAAAUGGGAAGAACGAGCGAAGACUGAAGGAAUCAAGACACCUUUUGGGACUGUUCUAUUCAAAGAUGAAGAUGAGGAUGACAAGAUGGCGGCUGCUAUUGUCAGUGGGGCUGCGGGGAGUUUUUUUGCAAUAGGGUGCGCGGGUCUGUGGAAGACGAGGGGGGUUUGGGGGUGGUGGGUGGUUCCAACGGGGCUGGGGCUUUGGGCGGCUUUUUUUGCAGACCUGGAUUGGGUGAAGGCGAAGGUCUUGGAUAAGGUCCUGGAUAAGUUGGAAGAGUUGGGGAUGCUUGAUGAUGAUGAGGAGGAUGAUGACGAGGAGGAUGAUUGGGAGGAUGUGGAGGAGGAAGAGGAGGAGGAGGAUAUCAUACCUCUCUUAUGGAUAAAUGACUGA